CCGAAAACUACAUUACCCAUAGUUCAGCGCGUGAUAACGGCUUCCGGGGUUGGUGACCAUCAGCCUGUUAGCAGGAGACAGGAGAAAGGUGAGUGUGUGUGUGGAUGUAGUGUCAGCAGAGCGCCGUGAUGCCCCUGGAGGUGAGAUGGCCGUUCCCUCAAUGCCCCGCUCUGCCGUGGAGGGUCUCCAGCUCACUGAUCAUGGGCAUGGUGGGCUCCUACUCCUACUUCUGGACCAAGUACAUGAACUGCCUGACGGUCCACAACCACGAGGUUCUGUUGAACCUGGUUGACCAGAGGCCUUCGGACACGCCCCUCAUCACUCUGUCCAACCACCAGUCCUGUAUGGAUGAUCCGCACAUCUGGGGCGUCCUGAGGCUCAGGCAGCUGUGGACCUUCAAAAAGAUGCGAUGGACACCUACAGCAUCGGACAUCUGCUUCACUAAAGAGCUGCACUCCAGGUUCUUCAGCCGAGGGAAGUGUGUUCCCGUCUGCAGAGGUGAUGGUGUUUACCAGAAAGGAAUGGACUUUAUUCUGGAGAAGCUGAACAAAGGAGAGUGGGUGCACAUCUUUCCAGAAGGCAAAAUCAACAUGACGGAGGAAUUCAUACGUUUAAAGUGGGGUGUUGGUCGGCUGAUAGCGGAGUGCCCGCUUAAUCCGAUAAUCCUGCCGCUCUGGCACGUGGGUUUGAGCGACGUGCUGCCCAACGUGGAGCCCUACAUUCCUCGCACGGGCAAGAGAAUCACCGUCCUCGUGGGGAAACCGUUCAGUGUCAAAGAUCUCGUUGAAACCCUCCGAGCUGAAAACAAGAGCCAGUUGGAAAUGAGGAAGACCCUGACGGAUUUCAUCCAGGUGGAGUUUCGGAGCCUGAAAGCCCAGGCCGAGGCCCUGCACAUGCAGGUAGAGACCAGAUCCUGAGUCCUAGCCGUCCUGCGUUUGCCUGCAGACACUGGUCCUUCACACAUCAGCCCUGAGGAUAACACCCCAUAUACAGAGAAGCUCCCACACCUCCACACGGAGACAUCACUGAGCCUCAGAGUGUUUUGCUGACAGUCGUAAACGAGCAUUUCUGUAACUUUGGAUGCAACAAACUCAUUUUGUAAUUCAGUUAUUGCUUCAAAAUCAGGUUGGUCCACUGCACACCUAAACAGGACGAGUAGCACUGCAGAUGUGUGAAUGAUUGAUUACAUAUGAGUACAUGGUUUCUCUGGGACCCUUUACAACCAGAAGCCCUCAGGAGAAUUUCUUUUACCUCCUUGGUAUCAGAAGGCAUUUUGACUUUGAUGAUUCAGCUUUUCAUGUCAUCCAACUUUGAAGUCCAGAGCAGCAGCAGAAGCUGGCGUUGAGUCUGAGGAGGAGAGAGGAGGUCAGGUGAUGGAUGGGCGAGUAAAGGGGCCACCUCAUGACCUUUGUGUGUGUGGGGGGAUUGGGGGGGGUGCGGUGAACAAUAGCCUUGAACUUUGUUUUUUUCUUACUGGUGAAACACACAAUAGAUCUCAAAAGGGCAGCAAACCAAGACUAGUUAACUAAGUCCCAGUUACUAGGGUGAGCACCUGGUGACUGCCUGGCAACCACCAGUCACUAUGCAUGAAUAAGUAUUUCCACCAGGUCAGGCUCUAAGUAACAAGGAGGUUUUUCACCUAGCAACAGACAGCAGCCGCUCACCGACGGGUCAUGGAGUUCACGUUUUAUCUGGUAACUUGUUGUCAGUGUGGGAGAAAUGAUCCUGCUCUGAUCGGGCUCUGAAUGCUUUUCUCAGUUUUGCUGAAUUGUUCAAUUUUGAUGAUCUGUUUAACAACCAGUUCUUUUUUCUUUAAGAUGUAAAGCUGCUGUUGUUUAAACUACUAAAUAUUAGUACUCGUCAUGCUCCUCUGUGCAUGAGGAAGUCAAAGUGCUGCAUGCCAGAUGUUUGCAGCUGUUAUCAGAAAGAUGCUCAGGCAGUAAAUGAUUGUUGAGGUAAUCGUACUGUUAUGUUUGAUCAUUGGAUCGCUCCUUGCUGUUUUUCAGUCAUCUCUUAGUUGUGUUGAUAAUUUUCUUUUUCAAUCAAAGUUUUCCUGUUAAUCCUAAAAACCCCUGAAUGCUGCCCCCUCACCGAUGUACAGAACUUAUUUUAUCACAGAGGACAAAAAGGAUUUUAUAAGGGACAAAAUCUGUGCUAAUUUUAUAAGUGCAUCGCCUUAAUGUGAUUGCCACUCUUUCCUAUACUUGAUGUGAAGUCCAAUAAAGAAUCUGACUUUUCUAAGUUUGAA